AUGGAUCCGAUCUCAGUCAGUGCAAGUGCCAUCGCAAUUGCAACACUUGCCGCUCAAACUUGCACCGCUCUCUCCGACCUACGAUCGCUUUGUCAAAGUUUACCAGGACGUCUUCAUGCGGUGAACAAUGAGGUCGCUGACCUUAACCUCGUCCUUUUUCAAGUCUCCUUGCUCAUUGAAGACCGAGCUUCCUUGCCUGAAAGCAAGGUUUCGGCUAUACCUCACCUUUUAAAACAAGCAGAUAAACAACUGGUUGAAAUCAAAGACCUUGUUUGUCAGCUGACCGUUGCAUGCCGCAUUUCGAGGAUUCCCAUUUUCAGGGCCCAUGCCUGGCAAAAAGAACAAAGCAGACUGCAGUCCCUUCAAGAAGAGAUCAGAACUGUCAAAGCCAAUCUAAAUAUUAUUUUAGGUGCCUCGAACUCUCAGGAUAUGACGAAGAUUCGCUUGGACAUCGAGACCAUCUCAACGGUCACUCUGGAGUCCUCGCAACAGCAAGUUGCUCUCAAAGAUAACUUCCUGAGUGGUCUUGCUGCUGUCGAUCAGCGUAUAGCUAGGGUUGAGGACAUGCUACGAACCCAGUCACACCAGGUUCAAGCAAGCCAAUUCACGCAAGUCGGUACAUCGUAUGAUAUGUCUACCGCUCGGAGGCAGCGUCCAUCACCAAUCAAGAAAGAGAGACAGCCGACCGCAACACGGUCGGAAGGCAUAGGCAUCCGUGUUACACCAUUUGCCGUUACCUGCCGGACGGGCUGCCCAUGCUCUUGUCAUGUGCAACAGAAGACAACAAGUCCAGCGCUCUUAAAUCGCGUGUUCGGUCAACUUUUUGUUGGCUAUGCUGGACUGCCCAUUUUCAGCCCAAAGUGUGAUCUCGAGGCAUGCAGAAAAUCACGAGCAAGUCAAGUCAGCUUGGAAUACUGGUUUCCUUUGGGUUUCCUAUCAUCUACAAUCGUGCGAUUUCAACUUGGCUACCAGCCCAACAUCGGAACACUGCUGCAGCUUGAUACACUAAGAAGGGUACCAGACACAGCACAGUGCAUCAGCUUUGCCUUGAACGGUGACAUUGACGGCCUAAAAUAUCUUUUCAAAAACGGCUUGGCUUCUCCUCGUGAUGUUAGUACUACGCGAGGGUAUUCGGUGCUUCGGUGGGCACUUUAUGGAAAGCAGUAUGAAACAUGCGAGUUCCUGAUCCAUGCUGGAGCAGAUGCCGACUACAGACCGAUUGCUGGCAGUGACAACAGCCCAAGAAACAAAGCAUGUCAUUUCCUUUUGGAAGGUGGACUUUCCGGUAAUGCUGUUGGUGCUCUCAGAUUCAUCACCAAAGGCGGUUUUCUGGAAGACUUCAUAGACGAAGCAAGGUUCACAAAGAUCCAUAAAAUCAUUCUGGAUUUGUCAAAGCUAAGUCUCGAAGACGAAAUAUACCGAAAUCCAGAGGAUAUUAAUGCUGUUGACGCAAUGGGUCGCACUCCCUUGGCCUGGGCAGCCGCCCGAGGAGAUACGCGAGCCAUUGUCACGCUUCUCAGUCAUGGUGCCGAUCCAAACAUCAUCGAUGUUCAAUUAUCCGGCCCUCUGUCAAAUGCUGCUUCUCAGGGCCAUACCGUUGCUGUUCGUCUACUUCUUGAGGCUGGAGCACAAACAGACUUAUACCAUCCUAGUGGCGAGAAAAAGGGCAGCCCACUUAAUUGCGCUACCCGCAACGCCACUGAUAUUUUGCUUCUAAAAAGUCUGCUCGACUUUGGCGCAGAUGUAGAUGCAAGUGGAAAUGAUGGGAAAACGGCGCUCACCCAUGCAGCAAGGACCGAUAAUGCUAGUUUCGCCAUGUUGCUAUUGGAAUAUGGUGCUGACAUUAAUGCUAUAUCAGCUGAUGGAUCGACUCCUUUGACGACCGCAAUCACUUUCAAUAGUCACAAUGUCCUCCGGUUAAUUCUCGAUCGAUGGCACGAAUACUCUGUUUGUCCGCGCCUUAAGGGUCCAAAUCUGCUCCAAAUAGCGGCACUAUACGCCGAUCCUGAAACGUUGCGGAUUUUGGCUGCAACGGAUCAUCUCAAAAUGAAACACGACAAUCAGUAUACCCUUGGAGAUUUUGGAAAUCGCUUGCGACAAAGACCUGAUUUUACCGAUGACUUAGCCCUGUCGUUCGAUGACCUAUUGAGAGUUAUCAAUCAAGUACCUGAACCAAGAAGGGAGAGGUUCCAGAGUCUUGUGGAUCGCGGCAGUUUUUCUUGCUGUAUAUCUCGAGUCAAUUCAGAAUUGACAGAUUCGCAAAAAGAUCCUGAAAGCGCUUGUAGCGCUGACGGAAGCUUCCGUGAUGCUCUUGAGAGUCUCCCACUGAUGACAGAUGAUUCUGUUACUAUGGAAUAG